CAAUCACACAGAUUCCCUUCACACACAAAUCACCGCAAGGGUUCUCUUCCCCCCCAUAACAAAUGGCGCUCCGUAAAACCAUAGCGAGACGCCUAUUCAGCUUGAAACAAGCCGGCUCAGCUGCGCCGGUUAAACAUUCUCCGGCUGCCGGAGAAAAGUACCUAGCCCCGCCGGACGCAUCCAGAUUGAGCUUCCACAGAGAACUAAUCACGCCGCCUGACGGAACAGUCAGCGCGUUCUUCCAACGAUUCUUUCACAAGAAAGCGGCCAGCCAAGCCACGAGGCUGCCGGAUUUCGUAUCUGCUCCGGCCGGAGAUGGUCUGAGAAAAAAGCUAUGGCUGGUUAACAUUUCCGGUGAGAGGAUCCGCCUCGACGGGCUUGUUCCUCCUCCGCCGGUGACUGUUCCGGAGGACGGCAUCGGCGAAAUUUCGGUAAAUGAUGUGAGGAAGAUUCUGAGGUCUUCUCAGAUGGAGAAGGUGAGGUCGAGGGUAAGGAAUAUUCCGGUGAACUGCGUUUCGUACUCGGAGUUUGUUAAUAUUUGCGGUGGAGGUUGUGGCAAUACAGAGCAAGCUCUGGAGUUUGCAAAGAUGAUGGACGAAUCCGGCAGCGUCAUCAUUCUUGGCGACGUCGUUUUGCUCCAUCCUCAUAAGGUAUAUUUUAGUGCCUAAGAAGGAAACCUUACAAUAAUAGGUGGCGAAAUCUAUGGAGAAACUAAUUUCCGAGACAAAUGCACGGCCUAACGAUCCGAGAAGGAAACAACUGGAACGGAUGGAGCAUGAAAAACGCAUGAUCGAUCAAAAAGCCCAGUCAUUAGUAAAAGGUGAAUUGUACUGUGGAUUGGGCUUUCUUGCUUUGCAAACGUUGGGCUUCAUUAGGCUAACUUUUUGGGAGCUGAGUUGGGAUGUGAUGGAGCCCAUCUGCUUCUUCGUCACGUCCUUUCAUUUUGGGCUUGCGUACACCUUCUUCCUUAGGACAUCCAAAGAGCCCAGUUUUGAAGGGUAUUUUCAAAGGCGUUUCAAAACCAAGCAAGAAAAACUAAUGAAAAUGUAUAAUUUCGAUAUUGAAAAAUAUAAUAUGCUCAAGGAAUCCUUUUACCACAUGGAUAAUCAUCACCUUACAGGAGGUGGUGCACUUCAUGGCUGAGUAUACAUAUGCAGACAUUCAGUGUUGAAGUUAUACAUGUUACCAUACCAGAUAAUAUUUGUAAUUAUCGUUUUUUUAAAUAUAGGAUUUCCUAUAAUCUUAUAGGUGCUUUAGUGGUUAGCUUGGAGCCUUGGACUAUGACUAUAUCAGAAUUAAACAGAUCAACUUAGACCGGAUCAACUUAGACCGGACCUGACUAGAAAGUUUCAAUCAAAAUAAACAUUUGCUUAUUCAUUUA